AUGACUGUUGUCAAGCAGCCGCUGCGUCGCGCUCCAGUACAGCAGGUGGCGCAAACGCACCGCGCGACAAAUAAAACAACAGAUGAAGAAAAGAGAAGCUCACUGUCGAGUCGAGCAGCAAUGUUCUUCAUGAGAGAUCAGAUGGAUGUGAUGUGCUGUAAAUCAGUAGGAACUGAUCUGUCCAUGCUGGAUAUUGAUGAUUUGAUGACAGAAAUCUCUCAGCUGAAGAAAGAGGUGGCGUUACUGGAGUCAAAGCUCAGACAGAGAGAUGAACUCAACACAAAGGAUGUAUCUGGUGUCUGUCUCUGUGGCUUCACUGAUCAAACAUCUACAGAGCUUCUGGUUUCUGUCUGUAAUGAUGAAGACCAGAAGACAUCAGUGAAUCUGCUGGACUGUGGGAUGAAAGCGAAACAAGAAGUCACAGAAGAACAGAUAGAUGAAGGUGGUUUGAUUUAUUCAGAUCUGAUAGUGAAGGAGGAAAGUUCACCAUUCAGUAUAAUGGAGGAGAAACCUCAACAUUUCAUACCCAAGGAAGAAUCUAUGAGCAGCUUCAUGACCGAAAAGAAUUUGUCACCAAAAAAUAGCAUCAAGCUAAAAACAACAACCGAGGAUCCUUUCAUGUGUCCUCAGUGUGGAAAGAUUUUCAGCAAUAAAUAUAAACUUAAAGCCCACAUGAGUAUUCACUCUGGAGAUAAACCUUACAAAUGUGAUCAGUGUGGAAAGUGUUUCAAUAUUAGGUCUUACUUGAAUGUGCACAUGAAUAUUCACAAUGGAGAAAAACGUCAUACGUGUGCUCAGUGUGGAAAGAUCUACAUUCAUAAGCAAGACCUUACCGUGCACAUGAGACAUCACACUGGAGAAAAGCCGUUCAGAUGUGAUCAGUGUGGAAAGAGCUUCAUCCGUAAAGCCUACCUUGAUUUUCACAUGAGACAUCACACCGGAGAAAAACCUUAUAGUUGUGACCAAUGUGGAAAGAGCUUCAUUCGUAAGUAUGCUCUUAACAGGCACAUAAGAAUUCACACUGGAGAAAAGCUUCACAGAUGUGAUGAGUGUGGAAAGAGCUUUGAUAGGAAGUACUAUCUUAAAUUACACAUGAGACGUCACACUGGAGAAAAACCUUUUACGUGUGAUCACUGUGGAAAAGGUUUCACUAUCAUUUCCUCCCUUAAGGCACACAUGAAAAUUCACACGAGACUUAAAAACGUAAAGACCAUUGUGGCUCAGUGGGUCGAACUGUUGCCUUACAUCAAGAAGGGAACCAUGGUCAGUAUGGGUGUCCCUCAGGUACUUCAGUUUCAUCCCACUAAAGUCCAAACACAUCCGUUGCGUCGCGCUCCAGUCCAGCAGGUGGCGCAAACGCACCGCGUGUUAAAUAAAGCAACCGAGGAAAGAAGAAGAGAAGCUCACAGUCGAGCAGCAAUGUUCAUCAUUAGAGAUGAGAUGGAUGAGAUGUGCUGUAAAUCAGUAGGAACUGAUCUGUCCAUGCUGGAUAUUGAUGAUUUGAUGACAGAAAUCUCUCAGCUGAAGAAAGAGGUGGCGUUACUGGAGUCAAAGCUCAGACAGAGAGAUGAACUCAACACAAUGGAUGUAUCUGGUGUCUCUCUCUGUGGCUUCACUGAUCAAACAUCUACAGAGCUUCUGGUUUCUGUCUGUAAUGAUGAAGACCAGAAGACAUCAGUGAAUCUGCCGGACUGUGGCAGGAAAGUGAAACAAGAAGACACCGAAGAACAGAUAGAUGAAGGUGGUUUGAUUUAUUCAGAUCUGAUAGUGAAGGAGGAAAGUUCACCAUUCAGUAUAAUGGAGGAGAAACCUCCUCAUUUCAUACCUAAGGAAGAAUCUCAGAGCUGCUUGAUGACUGAGAAGAAUUUGUCACCAGAAAAGAGCAACAAGCAAAAAACAACAACAGCCAAGGAUCCUCUUGUGUGCCCUCAAUGCGGAAAGAUUUUCGGAAAUAAAUAUAAACUUAAAACCCACAUGAGUAUUCACACUGGAGAAAAGCCUCACACGUGUGCUCAUUGUGAAAAGAGCUUUGCCUAUAAAUAUAAACUUAGGAGGCACAUGAAAAUCCACACUGGAGAUAAACCUCACAAAUGUGAUCAGUGUGAAAAGAGUUACAUUAAUAAGCGUGACCUUACCGUGCACAUGAGACAUCACACUGGAGAAAAGCCGUUCAGAUGUGAUCAGUGUGGAAAGAGCUUCAUUCGUAGAUCCUACUUUAAUUUUCACAUGAACAUUCACACCGGAGAGAAACCUUAUAGUUGUGACCAAUGUGGAAAGAGCUUCAUUCGUAAGUAUGCUCUUAACAUGCACAUGAGAAUUCAUACGGGAGAAAAGCUUCACAGAUGUGAUCAGUGUGGAAAGAGCCUUUAUUCGAAGUACUAUCUUAAAUUGCACAUGAGACGUCACACUGGAGAAAAACCUUUUACUUGUGAUCACUGUGGAAAAGGUUUCAUUAACAUUUCCUACCUUAAGGCACACAUGAAAAUUCACACGAGACUUUCAAGAAAAGACUUAAAGACGUGAUUUGUGAGGAAAAGUUGAAUGUGGACUGUGACUAAACAACAUUCAUCUCUGUAAAUGACCUGAAGCAAAUGAAGACUUUCCUCUGCUAAAAAGCAUGAGAGAAAACACAGAUGAGACCUCACAAAUUUGAGCAGCAUUGUGGCUCAGUUGGUCGAACUGUUGCCUUACAGCAAGAAGGUUUGAGCCCUGACUAAAUUCAAGGUUUUCCUGUGAUGUUUGCAUGUUUCCAUUUGAAGGGAACUCACCCUGCAUUGCCAAGGUGACGCUUUGGGAACGCCUCUGCGUGCCGCAUCCCUAAAGCAUCAUCUUGGUGACGCAGCGCCUCGUUCCCUUCUCAUGGAAUCAUGGUCAGUAUAGGUGUCCCUCAGGUACUUCAGUUUCAUCCCACUAAAGUCCAAACACACGUGAGUCUAGAUGAAUUGAAGACGCAAAACUGCCCUUCCACAAACUAAUGUGUCAAGAUUAACUUGUUUAAUUUACAUUUAGUCAUUUAGCAGACACUUUUGUCCAAAGCGACUUACAAGUGAGGUAAACAAUAGAAGCAAUUAUAGCAACACAAGAACAGCAAUACAUAAGUGCACUGGAAAUAGUCUCAUCAAGUUUAACACAGUAUACAUAGCCAUGGGUUCGUUUUUUUGUGUGUAAGAAUGUAUUGAUAGAGAUCAAGAAAAAAGGAAAAGAGAAAGAUAGUAAGUCUUAUAUUAGGAAGUGAGGUAAUGGUGGAAGAGAUGGGUUUUUAGCGGUCGCUCGGUGGCAGAGAACAGGGAUGGAGAGGGUACUGUAUGAGCAGGUGAAGGUAAGGGGGUGCUGACCCAGUGGUGGUUUUAAAGGCCAGGAGCAGAGCUUUGAAUUUGAUGCGAGCUGCUAUAGGAAGCCAGUGUAAUUUGACAAAGAGCGGAGUGACGUGCGCCAUCUUUGGCUCAUUGAAGACCACUCUUGCCGCAGCAUUCUGGAUCAUCUGUAGGGGUUUGGUUGUGCAGGCUGAGAGUCCAGCCAGUAGCGCACUGCAGUAGUCCAGCCUGGAGAGGACAAGAGCUUGGACUAGGACUUGUGUAGCAUGAUCAUUUAGGAAAGGUUUAAUUUUCCUAAUAUUGUAAAGAAUGAAUCUACAAGAGCGAGAGGUGAUGGCAACAUGCUAAGUUGAUCAUCAAUGACCACUCCCAGGUUUCUGGCUGUCCUGGAUGGCAUGAUGGUCGAGUUUCUAAAAGAUUAACUUGUUUCUACAUAAUCCUUUAUUUGCCUGAGAUCUCAGGAGUAACGGUUGGAAUACAAUGGCAGUGUGACUGAACUAAAUCAAUAAGCUUUUGUUUUACUCCACAGAUUUCAAUCCUUCAUACAUAUAUGACAUAUCUUAAGAGAGAGAGAGAGCAUUAUGUAAAUACAUUUUCUUGUUAGCAGCUCUUCAACACAAACCCAUCCUAAACAGCUCAAGCGCACCUCUUUGUGCAUCAGUCCAUGUUGUAAACGUCCAAUAAACU